AUGGACAGGACUGUCCACGGUGCGGGCAGGUUGAUUACAAACAGAACUGCAUCCACCGCCUACCCCGAGGCUGUGACAUCUUGGACACCCCUCCUCAACACCGCGCUGCGUAUCUCGUCGGAACUGGAACGUGACCGCCAUCUGUCCCUGGCGAUGUGGCCGCUGGAUGGUGUCUGCACGAUCGCUUUUCUCCGCGUCCGAUCAGGAUGCAACCCUGACCCCAACAACACCGCGGGGGGUCCUUCGACCGCCAGUGUGGUCCACUUCAACUGGCCAAAGUACGACACGACCAGCCGCACAAUGAUCAAGUUCAAUCUGCUCAACUGGGAGACCAUUGCCGACACGCUUAGGAGCGCGUCGUAUGAUGUGCUUAACGGCAACACCGACGUGUUCCAGAUUUCAGGGGACAGGACGUUGUAG